GCGUCACGUGAUGGUGCGAGGUCACGUGAGCGGGCAAAGUGGCUGUCGCGGGGUGAUGACGUAACGUUGCGUGGGGCGUUGCGGGAACGUUGCAGGGAUGGAGGAGAGGGAGAGGCUGCGGAGGGAGAUCCGACUGCUGCAGGGCCUCAUAGACAACCACAGGAACACCCAUGGGGACGUGCCACGACCGCUGUCUUCUGCCCCACGGAUGUGGAGCAACCCCACGCAGCCCCCCUUCAGCAGGAGGGGAGCAUUCUCAGCCCGGUAUCCCCAGCUGCAGCCUCCCAGGGACUUCCAGCCGCGCCGAGCUCACUCUUGGAGGAAGAAAUACUCCCUUGUGAACCAGCCACCGGGACCAGCAUGUGAUGCUGGGAGUGCCACCAUGCCCAGGGCUUUUGGGAGCAGCGAGGAGAGCCAGGCAGCUGUGCUAUCAGCAGCAUCCCCCGAGAGACAAGUGGACUUAACCACGGAUGGGAACAUCGUUGUGGGCAUCCAGGUGACACAGAGGACUGACCUUGUAGGUACUGAAGGAUUUAGUGAUGUGAGUGCAUAUUGUGGUGUUUCGGGGCUUAAAACAGAGCUCGUUACUCCGGAUGAUGGUCAUGUGCAGGAAUCUUCCAUCCCUCUGUACACAAAUGAAGAAGAAGAGCCAAAGCCCUCUCUCUCUGUUUCGUUUAGCUCAUCUCACCGUGUUGUCAGCUCAUCGUACCUGUUUGACAAGCCCAGAAGGGUGCACCUGGCUGAAAGCUCCAGAAGUGCCAGCGAAAGUGCUGUCACUCUGAAAACAGAGCCACAGCUGCUGUCAGCUCUGCCGAGCUGUGAGCAGGCUCAGCACUCGACAUGGUGGAAACCAGAGCCAUCCGCUCCUGGGCAGUGCAGCUGGGAGCAAGUUGGGGACGUUCACAGAGAGCCAAAGCUCUUUGGAAAUGCAGAGAUGCACUCUAAACCCACUCAGGCUCUGACUUUGGCAGCUGCAGUGUCUCCAGUGAAGAAUAAGUUUUCUGUAAUCCCAAAAGCUUCCAGUCUCCAAAGAGCCGCUGCAGUGACAGUCUCCAGCAAAGCUUCAAAGUUCAGGAAAACUAAUUACACCUGGGUUGCAAACCCUAGUAAGUGCUCUCGUACUGUGAAGAGAUGGAUCAGCCCGAGAGCUUCUGACAGUGCUAAGAAGAUCACUGGUGGAGCUGAGAGAGGUUCAAAGAUAUCGCCAAAAGCAGAUUUGGGAGCGAAGAUGAAGAAACUGGGACUGCAGUCCAAAGUGGGUGUUUCUCCCAGCAAGUAUAAGUGGAAAGCCUCCAGCUUGCAGACCUCGCCCUCCACCUCCAAGUCAGCGUUCAGGUGGCAGUCGGAGGAUCAGAAGAGGCCCUCAGCCUCCAACCUGCUGCCUCCCAGCGAUGCAUCUGUUGGGGUGAAUUCCUCCUUGGGCGAGGCUGUGGUUUCCUGUUAUAAAGUGAAGAGUCGGACAAAAAUCAUCAGGAGGAAAGGAAGCUCAGGCUCCCCAGCAGAUAAGAAGAGCAGCCUCUCACCCACCACACCACUGAAAAGCCCCUUCCAUCCCAGGAAGAAGAACACCCUGCGGGGAAAACCUUCUGUGACUCCGAAACGCUCCUCGCCCAAGGGGCUGGUGCAGAUCACCAAGCACAGGCUCUGCAGGCUGCCGGCUGCCAGGACCCAGGGCUCCUCCAGGGAAGGUGCCAACUUGCACUUUAUAAGGAGCCCCACAGCUAACAAAGUGAUAAAGACGCGUUACAGGAUAGUGAAGAAGAACGUGGUCACUCCCUCCUCAUCGUUUAGCAGCUCUGGCCCCAACUGGAAGACGAGGCGUCUACUAGCAUCCAGGUCCCCCCAAGCAAGCUCAACGCCCAAGAGUAGCAAAUCCCAAGCCAUACAGCAGAGGUGGAGGAGCAAAGGCUAUCGCUGCAUUGGAGGGGUGAUGUACCGUGUGUCGGCAAACAAACUCUCCAAAACUUCCAGCACCCCUGGUCGGUGCAGAGAUCUGAGCACCAAGAGCCCUGGCAGAGCAGCACGAUUGAGCUGCACGCCCAGCAGUCCUGGCUUCUCUCCAUUUGGCUGCCUGAACCGAUCAGCCACGAGCCGAUACAUCGCAAGUCGUGCUGUUCAGCGGAGUUUGGCCAUCAUCCGUCAAGCCAAGCAGAAGAAAGAGAAGAAGAAGGAAUACUGUAUGUACUACAACCGCUUUGGCAAGUGCAAUCGUGGGGAGAACUGCCCCUACAUCCAUGAUCCAGAGAAGGUGGCUGUCUGCACCAGGUUUCUCCGUGGCACGUGCAAGAAGACAGACGGGAAGUGUCCAUUCUCCCACAAAGUUUCCAAGGACAAGAUGCCAGUGUGCUCCUACUUCUUGAAGGGGAUCUGCAACAACAGCAACUGCCCCUACAGCCAUGUCUAUGUGUCCAGGAAGGCAGAAGUGUGCCAGGAUUUUCUCAAAGGCUAUUGCCCUAUGGGAGAAAAGUGCAAGAAGAAGCACACACUGGUUUGCCCGGACUUUGCCAAGAAAGGCAUCUGCCCCAAGGGCUCCUGCUGCAAGCUGCUGCACCCGAAAAAGAAACGUCAGUUACUGGGGAACAGCCCUGGUGAUGAUGGAGACCAGGGGGAUCCCCCCUCCAAAUGGAGACGGCUCUGGAAGGAGACAAGCAGGAAUGAUCCAACUCAACUCUUUGAUGAUGGGGAAGUGCCCGGACCCUCCAGUGCAGAGCAGGACGUGAAGUUUUGGAAGGAUGCGGACACCUCACGAAGCAGCUGUCUGCAGAAACUGCCGUCCUUCAUCUCCCUACAGUCCUCAUCCUCACCGGGUGAUAAGAAAUGCAAAGUGGAGAGAGAUGAGGAUGAACCAAUGGAUGAGCCAGAAAUGUGUGAGCUGCCUUAGACUUCUCCAAGGAUCUGAGUCCUGGCUGGUGGUGUGUAUGGUGGAACAGAGAUCUUGGCCCUCCUGGUGGGAUCAUUGCUCCUUUUUGGAAGGGAUCUUGGCCAUGGUGAAGUCAUGAAGCAAUGGUUGCACCUGUAACUGAUCCACCUCUGUGACCUCUUCAUUAGGUGGGAUCGCCUCCUGAAACGGUGGACUCUCUGUUUCCUACAACCUGAGAUAGGGAAGCUCCUCUGUAGAAUCGUUAAGAUUGGAAAAGACCUCUAAGAUCAUCAGAUCCAACCAUCAACCCAUCCCUGCUGUGCCCACUCAUAGAAUCAUUAAGGUUGGAAACAACCUCCAAGGUCAUCAAGUCCAACCAUGCACAGUCCCACAGUCUUCCCAAUUCCUGCUCCUGUAUUGUAUAUGCCUCCUCCAAACUCCUUACAUUACCAGAACCCCAUUUCUUAGUAGGAUUGGGUCCUAGUGGGUCUCCGCAACUGCUGGUGCUGUAGAAGCUCUUUGCUGGGCCUCCUAACUCCUGAGGAGCUUUCCUGAAGGUCUUGCUUGGUGCAUCACCCGAAGGGUGGCAAUAGCUCAUGACUUUUUGCUGUACCCCUGCUUGCUCCAUGCCUUCUAGGCUCCCAUAUAGGGGUGAGAAGCUGAAACUGUGGGACCAGAUCAGUGGAUCUGGCUGAGGACUACGUUCCUUAGGGUUAUUCCAUAGAGUUAUUUAAUUUUCAUAUUGCAAAGUGGACGAUUUAGUUGAAACUUCCAGUAAACCUGAUGAGUGCCAUGACUUUUUCUGAUGGGGCUCUCCAUCUGAAUUGAAACCCUCUUUCUUAUCCCACAUCUGAAAAUACUCAUUCUGAUUUCCCAGCCUGGACCCAACUGCCUGCAUGUUUCCAGUCCUCCAGGAAGGUGGUAGAGUCACCAUCCUUGGAGGUUUUCAAGUAAAGGGUGGAUGUGACACUGAGGGACAUGUUUUAGUGGUUUGGUGGUAUUGGGUUGAUGGUUGAACUUGAAGAUCUUAGUGGUCUUUCCAACAUUUGUGAUUCUAUGAUUCUAUGACUUUACAGCCCUGUCAUUUCCUCCUGAGUUAUUUAAUGACCUGGAAACCAGAGAUGGAAGAGCCCUUUGAGAUGGUGAAAUCCCAUCCCUUCAACCCACCUGUAGAGGACAGAUGUAAAGUUUACCAUACUCGGUUGUAGCCAAGUCACCACUGACUCUCAAACCAUAAAGCAUCGCUGUGGUGUCCGUGUCCUGACAAAAUUCCUUUCCCACCACUGUGGCUUGUGAUUUGCAAGCUUUGCAUUUCAUAGCUGGAGUUCCCUUUGGAUAGGGAGGAUUUGGGGGAUGAGAUGUAACAGGGCUGGAAAAGGUCUAAGUGUUUCACCUCUUGGAGCAACAGCAACACAGCAGAUCAGGUUGGGUUGCCUCUCUCAUUGCUGCUUUUUUCCAAAAUGAAGGAAUUAAAGAGAAAUUACUCAUCCUUGUGCAGAUGUUCUGCUGCAGGUGAUGGGCACUGCCCAUCAAAGCAUUGGAGCCUUUUUCCCUUCUAGACAGAGCCUCUCCCGGCGUCCCAGCCUUGAAGCCUUUCUUGAGGGGCACAAGUUUUUGGUGGAAUAGCACCAGGGUGAGUUGUUGAUGAAGUUCUUCUCACUGGAUGGAUUUAGUGCAGGUCUUGGGCUGCAGGGUUAAGUGUAGGCGUAGUUUCUACCCUAUGGCAUCAUAUGUAUUUAUUUUCUCCAUCUGUGCCUAUCUCAAGAGCAGUGAUUUAUUCCUUCCUGCACACCUCCGCUGCGCACAACGGCACGGGACAUUGCUCUGUACAUGAUACACAGGGUAGGAGGCAGCCUUGGUUUUGUCCAAGAUCAAACAUUCUUGUCAUCAGCGUGACAGAUGAGGUGGCUGGGGAGCAGGUAAAGGAUGUUUUUCCUGUCUGGGUGAAAAAGUGCAUGUGGAAUUUGGGGGAGAAAAGCAGAAAUUUCUCCAUCCAGAUUAAGCAUCAGCUGGGAAGUGCUGGGACGUAUCUUGGUGCUCUGAUCAUUCCCUUUGCUUCCCAUUGUAUUAAUAAUUGGUUGCCAAAGCACUGCUCUUCUGCUAAUUGCAGCUGUCUCAUUAGGAAAAGAGGAGCUCCAGGCUUAUUUUCGGGCCCUGUACAGAGCCUGACUGGGUGCAGCAAAGGACAAAUCCCACAUAUUGGGAGAGGGAUGGAGACAAAAUGUCCCAUUGCACUCAGGUUUGGUUGGGAGAGUGGGAAUGCAUCCGUAUAACAACCAGCUUUCUCUGUGGCAAGGCUUUUUAUACUUUAGUGGAGGAAUUUGGAAAGCUGCUAGCAAGCUUUCUCAGUACUAUUCAUCUUCCCUGCAUCCCAUCGCUUCAGGAUUUAGGCAUCCUCUACUUAUGGAGCAGAGCUGUCACGUGGUCCCUGGCAGAUGCGGAACAUUUUUGGCUGCUGUCCCUUUUCCAGUCUGGUUCUGUGCCCCAUCUCCCAUCCUCAAAAAUGUGGUAGAAAAUCAUUUUUCAACACUCAGCCAUAGGCAGAGGGGGGACAUGGGGACAAGGACCAGGGCCACCUCCUUUUGUCCCCCAUCCAAGGGACUUCCCCACUGGCAGUGUCCCUUUAAAUCCCUUUAAGUCCCGUCUCCUCCUUAUCUCAGCAUCUGGUUGAAGCAAAUUUUGUUUAACGUGGGUGCAGCUGGAGCCACUUGGCGAGGAUGUGUCUGAGGGAAGCCUGGUUUUAUUGAAAAAUAUAAUGGUGCCACCUGAAGUGUGAUUUACUGCCGUGUCCACUCCUCAGACUUGAUAAUAUAUUUCUAUUAGAUUUCCUUCUUUCACUCCCUUCCCCAGCAAAGAGUGGCAAGUUUCUCCAUCUGCCUGACACCUUCUUAGGCUUAGGCAAAAUAAAUGUUGAUUUUCAUCAAAAGGAAGAACGCUGGAAGUCCUAAUUCUCCGGCAAGGCUGACAAGCUCAGCAAAAGCAACUCAGCUCUGCGCGGAGGGCUCGUGAUCCAGCCCUGCUCCUCUCUUUGGAAGCAGUUCAAUCAUCGUAAUGAAAAAGGGGCUUCUUAUCCCUGCUUUCGCUAACUAGAAAUUAUAUACCUGGUUCCUGGAAGAUGGAUUGUGUCGCUCCCGAAGUGCAAGGGGGGUGGGAGAGAGUGAAGGCACGCGAGAUGCGACCCAAGAUUGAUCACGCCAUUUGCAGAAUCUACCAUGCACAAAAGCAGAAAAUGUAGUUCUGUCUGCCGGUGCAGGGCCGACAUCUUGAUGAGGUCCCCCCAUCCCUUGCCCCAUCCUUUCCAGGAGCAGCAAUAAGAUUGUCUCCAUCCAAGAGUCAAAGUGGGAAACUGAGUUUUUGCCUGUGCUUGGUUGCUGUUUCACAGUGUGCUUUGGUUUUAUUUCAUUACUGCCCAUCUUUACACCCCUGCUGCAAUUUUUCAUAGAAUCAUAGGAUUAUUAAGGCUGGAAAAGACCACUAAGAUCAUCAAGUCCAAUUGUCAGCCCAUCCCCACCAUGCUCAUUUACAGAAUCAUGGAAUCAUUAAGGUUGGAUAAGACCAUCAAGAUCAUCAAGUCCAACACCAACCCAUCCCCACCAUGCCCACCGAAGCAUGUCACUCAAUGCGACAUCUUCAUCAAUUUGCAAGAAUAUGUUUAAAAUCAAAGUCCAGCUCUGUGCAGAAGUCAGGAAGUUAAUUGUGGUCGAUUUAAAAAUGAGCUUCUUGUUUUUUUGUUGCCUGUCUUGUUUUGUUUUCUUUUUCGUCCCCAAGAAUAAAUCUAUAUUUCUCCUUCUGUAA